UCAUGCUGCUGCCAGGUCCAGAGUGUGUCAUGGGUCCCUGUACGGCCUCCCAUUGCUGCUGACUCAUCGCCACACUCUGCCAUGUGCCACUUUCAGGUCUCCUCACACUGCUGGUGGGUUCCAUUUUGUCAUAGGGUGCUGGCAGAUUACGGGCCUCCCAUGCUGCCCAGGCCCGUAAUCUGCCAUGGGCCCCCGUACCGCCUCCUCAUGCUGCUGCCAGGUCCAGAGUGUCUCAUGGGUCCCUGUACGGCCUCCCAUUGCUGCUGUCUCCAUCACCACACUCUGCCAUGUGCCACUUUCAGGUCUCCUCACACUGCUGGUGGGUUCCAUUUUGUCACCCAUUGCUGCUGCCUCCACCGCCACACUGUGGCUCCACACUCUGGUUUUGGCCCCGUGACUGCCCAAAUGAGUGAAGUGUGCGGUGAUUCUAAGAUCGACGGCACUCAUCUGCAUGUCAUACUG